AUGAAGGAUGGUUUGUUUAGCGAUUCGUUGGUCACUUGGAAAUGGGUACGUUCUGCGCGACCGGAAACCGAAAUUUGGGCUUGCAGCAGCGCCGAAGUACUUGUCGAUCCAUUGACAACAUACAAAGGCCGGAAACCUGCGAAAAUUUCAAGAAAUGAACAUGAACAACCGUCGGUAAUUCCGGAAUUCGCCGAUCCAUUGGGUGCCACAGCGGAAGAGCGAAAGAAGGCUGGUGCUGUUAUUUUCGAUGACGUACCUUCGUUUCUCACCAAAAAGCGAGAAGAGCCAAAAUUAACGAAUACAUUAGUGAGCAAAGAGACAGGCGAAACUAUUACAACUACUGAAAAGGUACUAUAA